AUGGAGCAGUUUCCGGAGAGUGAAGUGGACUCCCCCAAGAAGGAAAUGAAGGAAGAGGAGGAAGAAGAAGGAGAGGAGGAGGAGGAGGAGGAGGAGGAGAAGGAGGAGCAGAAGGAAGACGGGGAGGAGAAGGACAUGGAGGAAGAGGAGGACGAGGCCAAAGAAGAACCCAAGAGCUUGGGCUCCUUGGAGGAUGGGAAAACGUCGGAUCAAGAUUUGGAGCACCACCUCCAGGUUCAGCUCCUGCAGCUUCUGGAUGAGCUGGAAGAAACCCGGGGGAUGGUCCUCAAACAUGAAGAAGACGCGUUGGAGUUGCAAGGUUUCCUGGAAGACGAGCGUCUGGCCAGCGCGCAGCAGGCGGAGACCUUCACCAAACAGAUCCAGACUUUGUACGCCCAGAUGCGUUUGCGGAAGGACGAGUUUGAUUCCCUACAAGCCACGAAAGACACGGAGCUGGAGCAGGUGGCGCAGGAGCUUCAGGAUGCCAACCAGGAGAUCCACAGCCUGCGCCUGGAGGCCGAGGAGGUGGCCGCCGUGCACGAGAACGAAAUCGCCAGCUUACAAGAGGAGCUUUGCCGGCUGAAAGCCGAGCUGGAACGGGUCCAACAGACCCACAAGGAAUACGAAAUGGAGGUCACCGCCCUGCGUGCUGAAAUCCGGAUGAGGCAGGAAUCGGCUCCCGAAAGCAGCGCCGUGGUGGGGGAAGACACCCUGCCGGAGCAACGGCCACCCAGCCCGUCUCAGGAAGUAGCUCGGCUCAAAGAUGAGCUGGAAACGGUGCGAAUCCAAUACGCGGAUCUGAAAGAAGAGUUCCAGAUCUUGCAGGCUAGCAACAAGCUCAUGGUCCACCAACUGGAGAAGCUUGAAACCAUGAAAUACAACAAGUACCGAAGCAAGGUGGAGGACACCCCAUCUCUGGAGUCCAUUGCUCAGUGGCCCACGGAUCGCCGCUACUCCCUCAUGAAGCAGCCCUCCAACCAGAAGGGCAGCUGUGUCUCCUUCUGGUCGGUCGAAAUUGUCGGCGUGGCAAGCGACUACAACGAGGAGGAGAGGAUGGAGAAGGUGGAAGAGGAGAAUGAGGUGGACCUCCUGCAUCAGCUGGCCACAGAGGAGGAGACGGUGGAGAAGGUCCAGACCCAGCAUGACCGAGCACAGCAAGACCUGCGCGAACUGGAAGACAGAUACCGCCACAGCCAGGAGGAGUGGGAGCAGCUUCAGGAGGACCUCCGCCUGUGCAAGGAGGAGAUUGAAAGGCUGAACGGCAACAUCCCGACAGGAGGACGGGUCCCCGCCGGAGGGAUGAAGCCUUUCGGCCUGUUUGCCGUCUGUGCAGGAGGCUUAAUGUUGUACUCCUGCCUGAAGAAAUCCAGCAGCAGUGGAUCGCUGACUUGA